CUCUGGUGGCUGUUUCUGUAAGAAUAAGACGUGGUCUCUGUUGGAGGUUGGAUGGAAUACUGGAGAUGACUAAAUUUUAGCUAAUAGUAUAGCUGUAUUUGUUUAUAAUUCAUUAUAUCAUAAAUAAUCUGCAAUUGAAACUGAGUGAUGUGACUCGAGAACAUUUCGAGACUUCUUAGGUCACAUGAGUGGAAACGGGCUAAUGUUAUCAGAUGUUGUUCGAGCCAGAAGCUGCGAGGCGAGCUAACUGCUCUUGAAGACCAUCUUAGGGGGACAGCUACAACAACAAAGAAGAAGCUAUAAACUAUCACAGUCGUUGUAUGUGUUCUUCAAAACUUGGCAACGCUGGUUGAAUGUUGACCACGGUUAAGAUAAUGACCGACACGAAACAUAGACACAUGUGACCAAGCAGCUAAUGUCCAUAGCACAUGAUCCUGGCCAACUGGAGGCUUCAAUAAUUCACGGUUUCAGAAUAUCUACACUGAGUAGUAAAGGUCCUAUUUUCCAGAGGAAGAGACCACGUUUUGUUAAGAGCCAUGGCCAACAAGUCAUCCUUGCUGAAAGUCAUCCUGCUGGGAGACGGAGGUGUGGGGAAGAGCUCCCUCAUGAACCGCUACGUCACCAACAAGUUUGACACGCACCUCUUCCACACCAUCGGAGUGGAGUUCCUCAACAAGGACCUGGAGGUGGACGGCCGUCUGGUCACCAUGCAGAUCUGGGACACGGCCGGACAGGAGCGUUUCCGCAGCCUCAGGACUCCCUUCUACCGCGGCUCUGACUGCUGCCUGCUCACCUUCAGCGUGGAUGACAACCAGAGCUUCCACAACCUGGCCAACUGGAAGAAGGAGUUCAUCUACUACGCCGACGUCAAGGAGCCUGAGAAGUUCCCCUUCGUGGUGCUGGGGAACAAGGUGGAUGUGUCGGAACGGCAAGUUUCUGCUGAAGAUGCCCAACAGUGGUGUCGGGAAAAUGGCAAUCACCCUUACUAUGAGACCAGUGCCAAGGAUUCCACCAACGUAACCAUAGCCUUUGAGGAGGCAGUGCGGAGAGUGCUGGCCAUGGAGGAGAGGGCAGACCACCUCAUCCCCACGGACACAGUCAACCUCCACAGAAAGCCCCGCUCCAGCACUUCCUGCUGUUGACAACGUGUAGGUCUUGCCCAGUGCUUGAUUUGGACUGAAAGAGGUGCCAGUAUUAAUUGUGGGUUCCGGUACUGUUUAUAUUUAGGUGCAGGAGCUCCACAAUACUUUUGAACUAAUAUUCUAUAAGAGGAACAGGAGCCCAAGCAGUAGAACAUUUUGAGGUGCCGGUAUUCCUGCCCAAGUCAAGCACUGGGGCUACAACCUAUAAAGAACUGGAGCUAGGAGGACACACAGGCGUAUUUAUUAACACUCAUGCCCACAAGUACGGUAAGCAAGCACUGGCUAGUGUCCGUGGAUGAUAAUCCAAUGGGUUUGUUGGUCUUGGGACUCAUUGAAUGUAAAGCGGGUACUUGAAGAAGAGUAUUUUUGUCAGAUUACACCAAGAAAUGCAUUAUAAUUUAAAUCUGUGCAAUCUUUGAAUUAUAUAUAUUGUCUUAAAAUAUCACAUUAUAUUAUGCCAUCAAUGUGGUUGCCAGAAAUACAUUCACAAAGCAUCGCUUCCUGUUCAUAUUACACAGCCAGAAAGAAGUUCCUUUUUUUGUAGAAAGGUUUUCUUACACUGUGACUGAAACCAAGGUUGAGAUGAGCGGCCUUACCAGUGAAAGUAUCAUAAUUGAUUCCAUUCAAAACAUAUUGCAGACCGUAUGUAAAUAUAAUCCCACCCAAAUGUGAUACAGUAGAAGCAAGUCACUUUUAAUCAUCAAUUGAGUUAAAUGGGAUUAGGUCAAAAUAAAAUAAAAAAAUCCAAACAUAUAUUAAUAUUUAUUACAACAAAUGUUGAUACAAAGCAGAGUAAUUUAUGCAGUCUUAAUUUGAAAAAGUUAAAGCACUAAUCUAGCAUCACUACUUUAUAGUACAGAGAGUAGGAAAUCUAAGCAGAAGUUAAGGUUUGAUUUCUUACUCUAUAAUAUUGGUGCUGAAUUUGCUGGCCUUGCGAUAUCUGCACAACGUACCGUAAUGAAUGCGUUAUCAUUAUGCAAUGGACACAAUGUUCAACACUUGCACAGGACGAGCUGAAAUUGUAACUAUGAAAAGAAUAAAGCAGAGUUCUUAUGCUGCAUGACAUUCUGCUCUCUACCAAUAAGGUAGUACAUAACCUUGUUCUUACCAUUCCAGAAUCUCAGUGUUCUGAUAACUUGGCUAAUUGUAAUUAACAGAUGGGUGAUACAUUAUGAACUUGGUCAUGGUGGUGGAUAUGAUAAACCAUGUUUAAUGUAUGUACCUGUCCAUUGUUUUUGUUUCUAUGGGCAUCUUAAUUCAUCUAACAUGUAUUUUCUUUACAUUUAUGGAGAUCAAUUUCAUUUUCUUACACACGAGUAUAGUUUUAAUAGUAACAUUUGAUUUCAACAAUCAUUGCUUAUUGAUUUUACAGUACUGUACAUCCUCACAAAAUAGAGUGUUGAGAACAGUUUUCUUUGCUCAGUUUUGAAAAAUGCUAUUUGAAUAAAAACAGUCCUUGAAUGAA